AUGCAAUCAUUAGCAUCAAAAAGUAUCAUUUCUUCACAUCUAAGAACACAUACUGGAGAGAAACCUUAUAUUUGUGAGGAUUGUAAUAAGUCAUUUAGACAUAAAAGUGAUUUAACUAGACAUCUAAGAACACAUACUGGAGAGAAACCAUUUAUUUGUGAAGUUUGUAGUAAGUCAUUUAGUCAAAAAAGUGAUUUAACAACACAUCUAAGAACACAUACUGGAGUGAAACCUUAUACAUGUGAAGUUUGUAGUAGGUCAUUUCGUCAAAAAAGUCAUUUGACUUCACAUCUAAGAACACAUACUGGUGAGAAACCUUAUAUAUGUGAGGUUUGUAGUAGGUCAUUUAGUCAUAAAAGUGAUUUAACUAGACAUCUGAGAACACAUACUGGAGAGAAACCUUUUAUUUGUGAGGUUUGUAGUAAGUCAUUUAGUCAAAAAAGUGGUUUAACAACACAUCUAAGAACACAUACUGGUGAGAAACCUUAUACAUGUGAGGUUUGUAGUAAGUCAUUUAGUCAAAAAAGUGAUUUAACAACACACCUAAGAACACAUACUGGUGAGAAACCUUAUACAUGUGAAGUUUGUAGUAGGUCAUUUCGUCAAAAAAGUCAUUUGACUUCACAUCUAAGAACACAUACUGGUGAGAAACCUUAUAUAUGUGAGGUUUGUAAUAAGUCAUUUAGUCACAAAAGUGAUUUAACUAGACAUCUAAGAACACAUACUGGAGAGAAACCCUAUAUAUGUGAAGUUUGUAAUAAGGCAUUUAGUGAUAAAAGUAAUUUAACAAGACAUCUAAGAACACAUACUGGAGAGAAACUAUAUAUGUGA